AUGGGAAAGAAACGUGCAGUGGAAUCAGAUGAGAUGAAAGAUUCAGAAAAUGCAGGUUUAAAGCGUAGAAGGCCACGAAUAGAUCCGUUUACCGGAAAAGAGGCUACAAUGACUGACGCUGCCACUGAAGGUCAAUCUGGUCGAACUACACCGUCGAUAUCAGAAGCAAAGAAGCAAUCGAAGGCGUCGAAGAAGUCGAAACGGAAGCCGAGAAAGUCCUCUGGUUAG